AAAGUGGAAAGCCUCGUACGUCCCCGUCCGCGUGUUCCACUCACCGUCGGUAAUCCACGACCGCCCCUGCUUGGGGUUCACCAAUCCCGGUAGGUGGGCAUUGGCGGGGCACCGUACACGAUGUGUCCGUUGCGCCUCGUCCUGGUGUUCCUCUCCGCCGCCCUCGCUGGAUUCUUCGCCUGGAAAUCGAUCCGCUCCCCUCCCCCUUCCCCGAUCUCCGAUGACUCCCAGGAGGUCGGCGCCUCCCUCGGCGACUCCUCCAUCAAAGGCCGGAUCCUCGGCGCUGGAAAGGUGAUUGAGAAUGGGUACUGGGUGUUUCUUGAUAUGGCCAGCGGGAGGUACUUGUGGAGGGCGAUGAAAGAAAGGUGAGAAGUUGGACGAAAUCGAUGAUUUGGGGGUUCUUUUGGAGCACGCACUCGGUAUCCUUUUUCGAUGAAAUUGGAUAGUGUUCUAUGCAUUGGAUUGCAAUUUAGCUGAUGUGCCUCGGAAUUCGAUUUAAAGUUGUUGUUUCCUGUUCGAAUGAUUGUCUCUUGAGAUCCGAUUCAUUGUUUGUGGUGAUUAUUGUCGUAGUCUCGUCGAUUUAUAUGCUAUACUAUGAAUUUGUCUUAUUAGACGGUGUUAAAUCGAUCAAAAACAUCAAAAAAUUAGCUUUUAAUUUGCCAA